AUGGCAAUGACACAAAUACCUAAUGAUAUUUCUGCUAUACCCAAGUUUAAAGUUGUUGUCGUUGGCGAUGGUGGUGUCGGAAAGUCUGCAUUAACAAUUCAAUAUUUCCAGCACAUGUUUUUGGAAGACCACAAUCCCACAAUUGAGGAUUCUUAUCUGCAAAAUGUUGAGGUGGAUGGUGAAUGGUGUGUCCUUGAUGCUCACCUCUCUCUCUUCCUCCGUCUUCGUGCAGUGUUGGACACGGCAGGUCAGGACGAGUUCAGCGCAAUGCGAGAGCAGUAUAUGCGCAAGGGUCACGGCUUCAUCAUUGUCUAUUCGGUGACGGACCAGCAGAGCUUCCGGCAAGUGCGCCGUUUCUACACCCAGAUUCUGCGAGCACGUGAUCGCGACUCCUAUCCCAUGAUCUUGGCGGCUAACAAGAUCGAUCUGGUACAACAGCGAGUAGUCACUCCGGAGGAGGGACAGACUUUAGCUCAGGAACUCGGUGUGCAGUACAUUGAGACCAGUGCAAAGAAUCCGCCAGUUAAUGUGGAUCUAAUCUUUCACGAUCUCAUUCGGAUCAUUCGGGGGGUGACUACGCAGAAGAAGGCUUCUGUGAUUACUCCACCACUGCCUCCCCUUCUCCUUCCUGUGGUGCGUUUUAUCGCACCUUGCGUUCCUACUGAGCUUGCCGCGACAAUGUCGACCACCGCUUGA